UAAUGCUGUUUCAAAAAUUCCCUUAAUUCUACUUGGAAAAGGUACAUAAUUUAUUUAAAGGUACAUAAUUUAUUUAUUCGUACCCAAUUAGGAAGAAGUGAACCAAAAGAUGGUUUGGGUUAGGAACCUUCCCUUAAAAUACUAGGCAAAUUGAAUAUAAAUAAAAUAAAAUAAAAUAAAAAAGUAGUUGUGAUAGUUACUGGCAGUAUAUUAUUUAAUUGUUUAUUUUUGUUUGAGCCUCACUCAUCAAUUAAAUUAAAUAAAUAAAUUUAUUAUAAUAAAUCGGUGCAAGAAUUAUUUAAAAUAAAGAAGAAGAGGGGUUUAGAUUAAAAUAAUAAUACUGUAAUAAAUAAAAGAGAGGAGAAGGUGUUUUGCAGUUAUGUUUGAAAUCAGGUAUAGUUUUUUCUUUUUCUUUUUUGUUUUUUCUUUCUUUCCCUUUCUAGACAAACAAACAUACACGGUACUAAGAUGAAUGUGUCCUUACAUUUUUGGCAUUAAACGGCACUUUCACGCAAUUGAAUUUAAUUCAAAAAUCAUUGACUUUAAAUUCAUUGCUAUCACAACCCAUUAAUUUAAAUUUCUCAAACUCUAUAGGCUUCGUCGCCAGUUCAGACCAUCUGGUAAGUUUUGGGUUCUUUUCUGAUUCCAAAAAGUGGUGUUUGAUCGAUUGGUCAUGCUUUUCUCUACCGUGUGUUGUUGGACUAUUUGAGUUGAGAGCAAAAUGAACCCGAAACUUGUGGAUGUUCAACCCCAAGAACUCAAUUUCAUAUUUGAAUUGAAGAAGCAAAUCUCAUGCUGUGUUCAACUGAUCAACAACUCCAAUCAUCAUGUUGCUUUCAAGGUUAAAACUACCGCUGUGAAAAAAUACUGUGUGAAACCAAACACAGGCACAAUUAAUCCAAUGUCAACAUGUGAAAUCACAGUUACAAUGCAAGAACAACAGUCGGCUCCUCCUGAUAUGAUAUGCAAAGACAAGUUUUUAGUUGAAAGCACAGUUGUUCCUGUAGGGACAACCAAUAAGGAUAUCACAGCUAGCACAUUUGCCAAAGAUGAUGGUAAAUAUAUCCAAGAGAGCAAGCUGAGCGUGAUUCUUGGCAGCAAAAUGAACACAGAACUUGUGGAUGUUCAACCCCGAGAACUCAGAUUCAAAUUUGAAUUGAAGAAGCAAAUCUCAUGCUGUGUUCAACUGAUCAAUAACUCCAAUCAUCGUGUUGCUUUUAAGGUUAAAACUACUGCUGUGAAAAAAUACUGUGUGCGACCAAACAAAGGCACAAUUGAUCCAAAGUCAACAUGUGAAUUCACAGUUACAAUGCAAGCACAACGGUCAGCUCCUCCUGAUAUGAUAUGCGAAGACAAGUUUUUAGUUCAAAGCACAGUCGUUCCUGAAGGGACAACCAAGGAGGAUAUCACAGCUAGCACAUUUGCCGAAGAUGAUGGUAAAUACAUCCAAGAGAGCAAGCUGAGAGUGAUUCUUGUCAGCCCACCCAAUCCCCCUGUACUAUCACCGAUCAGUGGAACGUUGAAGCAGGUCCCAGCUUACGAACCCUCAAUUCCAAAAGAUCAACUACUGAGUAAAGUUGCAACACUGAAAGAUAAACUACUGAGUAAAGUUAAAUGCCUCACUCAACGGCACACACAAGACCAAGCUUAUGAACCUUUACUACUGAAAGAUGAGUAAAGUUGGAAGCCUCACUCAACGGCGCACACAGUUAACUAAGGAGAUGGAGGAGUCCAAAUUGGAAAAUGGUAAGGAGUUAAAGCCGGGAAGUUCAGGAAUCCAAUUUUGAAUUCAGUAUGGAUAAAAGAUCUUCCUGAAGGGUGCAGAGGAGCUCAAAUUAGUUAAAGAUAUCGAGGAGAUGAAGUCGAAACUUAAUGAACUUCAAUCAAAAACUGAGGUUAAUUUUCUCCAUUGUUUCUGGUUUCCAACUUAAUGUAAUUAUAACGACUUGGCAUUUGUACAGUUGCCUGAUUAGUUGCUUAAUCGGCAAUUGGGCUCUCUCUAUAUCUGAUCUUUAUACUAAGAAUUUCCAUGUAAAGUUUUGGGGACGAAUUACUUUUAUUUAAAAAAACCAAAAACUAAGUUUGGGGAGAAUUCUGUUAUUAUAGGACCAGGAUCAUCUCCUUGUGCAAUUCUCGGUCCUGUAUUGUUUAAAUCGA